AUGAACCAACGCAGCAAACACCUAGUGCUACUAGCACUUUCAAAACAAAACCAAAACUCAAUUGAAGUUCAAAACUUAACCAACUCUACAAAGUUACCAUAUUCACAAACAGGAAAUGCAUUGUCUCUUACAAAUUCCGAAUGUCCAGUAUCACCAUCCAACCUAGAAGACCCAACAACAACUACUCCAGAGCAGGGUGAUACUACUUUCAAUAAACCCGGUAACUCUCCAUCUAUUUUAUUUGCGACUAAUAAAUCACAUGAACAAGAGGGUAUCGACUUUCAAACAGGCGAUUACUCCGGCACUGAUUCAGGAGAUGAAUACAGGCCUGGCCCUCGUUCCAGAUCAUCUUCAUCCAGUAGCUCUAGUAACAAUUCUACCAAUAGUAGUUCUACCAGUAUUUGUUCCAGUGAUUCUCCUGUAGAGAAUAAUAAUUGUAAUAAUGAGAGUAAUAUAGUUCAAGGGUAUAUAUGUAUAACCAACAAGUGGAACCGAUAA